CAGGUUGCCUGCCAGGCACAGAUGGGCAGAGCUGCCUGACACCCACAGAUGGGUGGAGCUCAGUGCUGCUCCAGCAGGCGAGGGUGGGAGGACUGUGGCCCACCAUGUGGGGCUCUUGGUGAGGCAGGUGGACCUGGUCUGUGGGUUCUGUGCCAGCUCUACUCACCUCUCCAUGUGUGGAGGGGUUGUGAGUUAGGCUCUCAACAGUGCAGGCUAGAGGCACACACGUUUCCUCUAGGCCUCGGGUAGGGUGCAACAGGUGGGUGAGGCUGCGGUGGUGGCUGCUGCCCAGGGUGGGAGGCUGCAGGGGAGGCGCUCGGAGACGUACAGGAAGUGAUGAGAUGGGGCGUUCAGCUGAAGGCUGCACAGAGACCUUCCUAGCCUACGCCAGCAGAGCUGAGGAGCUCUGGCUGUGGGUUUGGUAAGUGCUUGGGCAGGUCCCCAAGUGCCCUCCUGGGGUGCCGCUGGGGUCUGGUGGGGCUGUCCUUGGGAUGUGGCUGUGGUUGGGUCAGUCAGCUGGGCUGAAGCCCACUGCCUGGGUCUGGGCAGACUGGCCUUAAACUCCAGAGACCACCCUCACCUCCCAGAAGCUCUGCCAAGCCCCAGGAAAGGCACAGAUCCUUUGGCAGAGACAGUGGCAGACAAGAAGAGCCAGAGAGAAGUGGGGUGGGGGCACUCAGCAACCCCAGUAGCUGCUGCUGCCUGCUGACCCAGCCUCCAGCCCCUCCGGAGAAGCGUGCAGGUGCACACUGAUGGGAGGCCGUGGCCGUGGGAGGAGGGGCCUAGAGUUGCCAAGGAAGUCACAGAAAUGACCAACUGAUGGGGCCUGGAGUGCAAGAGGGACAGCUUUGAAUGGCUUCUCAGACUUGAUCCAGCAGGGUCCCUCCUGCUGACCAGUCUCCAGCCCCACCUGGUUCUGGGCUCCAGUGGCCUGGAGGAGGCACUACUUGACACAAGAGGCUGCGUCUGGACAGGGCUGGCCACAGGUGGAGUCUGGCCUGCGGUGCACACCUAGGGCCUCCCCCUGAUGCUGGGGUUUGGGCUACGUGACCACAGCUGCCCUGCCCCUCCUCACAGCCAUGUGGGGUGUUAGCAGGGUCACCUGCAGGGACACCGAGGGGCCAAGCAGAGCAGCCCUCACUCACCUCACCAGGAGUCCCUGCCAGAAGGGAGGGUGGGUGCCUCUGGGAGGCAGGGCCUGCCAGGCCCUGGGGCUUCCUGUGCUGAGUCAGAGCCUGAAUGGGAGGCGCAGGAGCCCCCAGCAGGCACAGAUGUAAGGCUGCCAGGUGGCACAGAUCACCUCGGCCAGCCCCCAGUGCCCCUUUCUUCUGCCCCCAGGGCCCUGGCUUCACGGGAUGGGGUUGCAAGUGUCCUGGGCCCCUCCUGCCCUCUGGGUUCUAGGGUGCUGCGCCCUGAUCCUCUGGCUGUGGGCCCUGUGCACAGCCUGCCGCAGGCCUGAGGACGCUCUAGCCCCCAGGAAGCGGGCAUGGGCGAAGCUGCAGGGCAGUGCGAUGCCAGCGGAAGCGUCCCUGCUGAGGCGGACCCACCUCUGCUCCCUCAGCAAGUCGGACACCAGAUUACACGAGCUGCACCGGGGCCCGCUCAGCUGCAGGGCCCUGCGGCCUGCCAGCGUGAAUCUUCAGCGCCCACACUGGCUGGAGGUGUCCAGGGACAUCAGUGGAUCGCAGGGAGCCCCCUCUGCCUUCCCACACCGGGAGCAGCCCCGGGCUCUGCCGGCAGCUGCAGCCAGCGCAGCGUGCGUUGGACCCGAGGCUACCUAUUCCAACGUGGGGCUGGCGACCCUUCCCGGGGUCAGCCUGGCGGCCAGCCCUAUGGUGACUGAGUAUGCCCGUGUCCAGAAGCGCCAGGGGACCCAUCGCAGUCCCCAGGAGCCACAGCAGGGGAAGGCCGAGGUGACCCCCGCCACUCAGGUGGAAGUCCUGUACUCCAGGGUCUGCAAGCCUAAAAGGAGGGAGCCAGGACCCACCACAGACCCGCUAGACCCCAAGGGCCAGGGAGCGAUUCUGGCCCUGGCCAGUGACCCGGCCUACCAGAGCCCCCCGCUCAGGGCCCCGGAUGUGGACAGCGGCCCCCUGGAAAACGUGUAUGAGAGCAUCCGGGAGCCGGGGGAUCCCGCCGGCAGCAGCGGCACGUGUGGGGCUCGGACUCCCCCCGCUUCCAGCUGCCCAAGCCUAGGGAGCGGCUGGAGACCCCUCCCUGCCCUGAACGCUCCAGGACACGUGCUCGUUCCUCCAGAAUGAGGCCCGGCCGCGCCCCGCCCGCAGCUGACAGCGCAAGUCCCAGGUCCCCCGGCUUCCGGCCCUUGCGGGCCGUGACGUCCUGGCCGCUCCGACAGCCGCGGCCUCCCCGGACUCCGGAGAAGGCCCGCGUCUAAAUAAAUCGCCAUCGCAGGAUGAACGCG